GGCUCAGACUGACACACGAUCAGUAUGACAAGCUCAGUGCUGCGCAUCAGUCUCACUUGUGGAGAGAGAGGAAGCGGUCGAUAAUUGGAGUUUCUGCUUCUCAGAAUUGCGCUAGCGAGUGUAACAACAAUUCGAAAGACUUCCUUGGAGCUACACAGGCUAAGGAACUGCAGAUGGCGUUUCCUUACAUAUUAAUGUUUCUACCAACUCUGUAUCCAGUGGACGGUUUUAACAUUGAUACAAAGGUUUUCAAAACAUAUUCAUUAUCUGGAAAUCAAUCUGGGCAAACAGUCCUUCAGUAUAAGAAUGGGGUUUUGGUUACUUCCCCAAUGAACAACAAUGCACAAGAGGUGAUAUGGAAAUGCCAGAUUAAUCAACAAAAAUGUGCACCUCUGGCACUUGAGGAAGGUGAAAAAGGAAGCUCAGUGGAACCCAUCCUAUCAGCUUCUAAAAACUGGAAGGCAGAACAGUUCUUUGUUUGUCAGCAACACAAGAAACGUAAAAAAAUCAACGAAUAUAUCAAUGGUAUUUGCACAAUGCUUCAGGAUGACUUUAAAAAGAAACAGAAAGUUGUACCACAACCUCUAGUUGUGGAACUUCUCAAGAAAAAUACGAACAAUAAUAACAACAAAGACAUUGCAGGUGCACGUGGAUUUAUAUCUGAUAAAGUUAAUGAAAUAGGAAUCAGAGGAAAUAUCAACAACAACAACAACAAUAACAACAACAAUAAUAAUAAAGAAAACAAGCCUAAAGAUGAUGAUGAUGAUGAUGAGGGUGAAGAAUGGACAGAAAUUGCUUUUGUUAUGGAUGGGUCUGGAAGCAUUGAUGAAAAAGAUUUUCAAAAAGCAAAAGACUUCAUUAAAAAUAUGAUGAGUAAGAUUUGGGAAAACUGCUUUUUGUGUAACUUUGCCGUGGUCCAAUAUGGAGCUGAGAUUGUAACUGAGCUCUCACUGAAAGACAAUAAGAACGCAUCCUUCUGCCUCAUUAAAGUUCAGGAUAUAGUGCAACUGGGAAAAGUUACUAAAACUGCAUCUGCCAUUCAACUUGUGCUGAAUGACACUUUCACUGAAGAAAAAGGAUCAAAACAAAAAUCCAAGAAAUUUAUUAUUGUGCUGACAGAUGGGGAAAUAUUUGAAGAUCCACUGAAGCUGGAAGAUGUCAUGAACUCAACGCUGAUGGUCAAUAUCACCCGUUUUGCUAUAGGGGUUGGUGCGGACUUCAAUAAGUCAAAAGGGAAAGCUGAACUGCAGCAGAUUGCAUCUGAUCCAGAUGACAAACACCUGUUUACAGUUGAUAACUACGCUGCCUUGGAUAGAUUGCUAGACUCACUAGAAAAAAGCAUCACUGGCAUUGAAGGAACGCAAGAUGUAGCUGCCUUUCAAUUUGAGCUGUCAGAGGCGGGAUUUAGCACUCAUCUUACUGAAGAUGGAACUCUUCUUUUUGGUGCUGUUGGAGCAUAUGAUUGGAGUGGGGGUUUAAUUCUAAAGAAAAUGAAUGAUGUUAAGUUUUUGAAUGAUUCAUCUUCAUCAGCUGGAAAAUAUUCCUACCUAGGUUAUGCAGUUGCUGCUGUAAAGACUAGAAAAGGAUAUCUUUAUGGAUCUGGAGCUCCACGUCAUGAUCUAAAAGGAAGAGUGGUGAUAUUCAGUGAGCAAAACAAUAAAAUGACCCAAAUUCUUUCGGGACAGCAGGCUGGAUCUUACUUUGGUUCAAAAUUAUGUCCUCUUGACAUAGAUGGUGAUAGUUUCACAGACUACCUCCUUGUUGGAGCACCUUUCUUUCACAUACAUGGUGAAGAAGGAAAGGUUUAUGUGUACAAGUUGCAAGAUGAGAAUUUAUUUGAAAAUGUAAUGGAGCUGCAGGAAAGUUCAGGAUUUGCUUUUGCACGGUUUGGAUUUGCCAUUGCAAGUGUGGGAGAUAUUGAUGGCAACAAGUUCAAUGAUAUUGCAAUUGGAGCCCCCCUUGAAUCCUCAAACGCUGGAUGUGUUUACAUUUAUAAUGGAUAUGAACAUGGACUUAGGCAGCAUUAUUCUCAGAAAAUUGAGGCAGCUAAAAUUGAUAGAGGACUUCAAUAUUUUGGACAGUCAAUUGAUGGAGGUACAGAUCUUACAGGAGACAAUCAAGAUGAUAUCACUGUGGGAAGCCUGGGAACAGUUGUUGUAUUAAGGUCACUUCCUGUCUUCAGAAUAACACCAGAAAAUAAAUGCAACGGCAUAACCAUUAGUAAGGAAAUGCAAAAUGACAAGACACCAUCUGAACUUAAAAUAUGCCCCUGUUUUGUCAACACAAUCAACUGGAGGCUCAUGGAUGAGGACAGCAUUGUCAUUGAUUACACUGUGGAGUUGGACACUGAAAAAGAGCAGAAGCGAGUCAUAAUCAGAGAGGGUAAACCACGAACCCGAACAUUUACAAUUACAAAAGAUACUGAGUGUACAGAAGAGUUGUUUCUGCACUUUGUGAGCUGCCAUGAUGACUGCUUCUCAGAUGUUAUGAUCAAGUUUAAUUUUUCUCUUCAUGACAAGGAGAAUGUUUCACGUGGCAUCCUUGAUUCAUUUACUGAUCAGGAAGUUUUUUUUAAGAUUCCAUUUAAAAAGGACUGUGGAGAUGAUCACGUUUGUACUCCUGAAAUUGACUUGACACCAGGUCAGCCAAAAAAUAUUGAAAUUACAAUUGGAGAAAUGAAAGAGCUAACUGUAAACUUCAGUUUGAUCAAUAGAGGAGAAAAUUCUUACAUGACAACAAUGAACCUAUCAUAUCCUAACAUCCUAACUUUUAAGAGCCUGUCUGAAUCCCAGGAAGUAAAAGAAUUUAUUUGUGAUAGUCCAGAGAUUCAUCCACUCCAAACAGAAACUUCAAGGUUAUGUUUAAAAAUUGGAUAUCCUGUUUACAAGACAGACUCCAAAAUAUAUUUCCAAAUCACCUGGCAAGUAACAAAUACAAAGUCAAAUGAAAAUGGCGCUUUGAUGAAUGUCAGUGUUGGCUGUAAAAAUAAUGGAUCACAAUUACUUAACGAAGUCAGCUAUGCCAUUCAUAUAAAGCACUCUGUCAAAAUGUUCCUUAAAGGACGCACCAUACCAGCAUUUCUGGCAUUAAGUGAAGAUGCAAAAGGAAAGCAUCCUGUCAAGUUUCUGUUUGAGGUAAAAGGAGAAAACUUCUUUGGUGCAGAAUUUAAUUUGACAAUCAUUCUGAAGAGUGUAGAAGAUAUAAAAGCAACUAUUUCACAGAAUGCAUCAGAGAUUCAAAAUUGUUUGGUUGAACAUCACAUCACUACAUGCAAAUUUGUGGCUUCGGAGGUUAACAUUACUGUUGAUACUAUAGUGAAUUUUGAAAAGGAACUUCACAACACUACAGCAGUUGCUAUACUUAAUUAUAAUGAAGACCUAUAUUUAGACAAUGGAGGAAGUUAUCAAGUAGAGGUGCCAUUGGUUGUGGAUAUAUUAAAAGAAAAUUCAUAUCUACCUGCCAUGAUAGGAAGUUCUGUUGCAGGAUUUGUGAUUCUAGCUGUCCUGAUAUUUAUCCUUUUUAAAAUUGGCUUUUUUAAGCGAAAAUAUAAAGAGAAAACGAUGACUGACCAGCAGCAAGAGGAAACCAAGAAAGAAGAUAUGUGAAAUGAUUGCUAAAUAUUUGAAUCAUCUUGACUUCUGCACAAUCUUCUCAGUAAGAUCUCAUAAUAGAUAUUACUGAACCUAAAAAGGAAAAAACAGAAAGAAAAAAAAUCAUUGUAAAUUAUUUCCUGGAGCCAAAUGUUUAUUUGAAAACCAUGUUAGCUGUUUUCUGUUCUCAAGGUCUAUUUUCCUUUUGAAUUAAAUUUUGUAACUGAUAUUAAGAGUUUAUUUCUGUAUUUAAUUUUAUUAAUGAUCCUGUUCUUAUUGGUUUUGGUUUGAGUGUGUAAAAAAACACAUUCCUGGGAAAAGAAAUCUGUUCAUCGAUUCGUUCAUUUUCUGAAUUUACUAUGUCUUUACAGAAUUUUUUCAGGCAUCAGAUUGUGGAAGGCAUGGAUGGAAAGCCAGACCAUCAAAUGCCACUUAUUAUGCACUGUCAAUAUACAAUGACCAGUUAACCUAAUAAAGAGGAAACCUGAAUACUGUAAAAAUUGAAUUUGAACCUUGGUUCAGUGCAUAAGAGCAUUGAGUGUAGGUGCACUAUUAAAAAGGAAACCAGCUACAACACCAGUUGUGCUUGUGCCGAAUCUCUUAUUCUUCUGAGCUUACUCUUAACUGCUAAAAGGUCACAAUAAGUAAUAUCAUGAAGGCAAAGUUUAUUGAAUAUGUUUGUAUUAAGGAGCAUAUUAUCUAGCUUUCAUUAUCAACAGAAACAAGCAUGACUUCAAAAGAUAAAUGAAAUAAAGUUAAAGGUAUUCUAUUUGUAAAGUGUGCUUGCUGUAUCAGUUUUGGUUGGGCUAGUUUCAUGCUGAUAGUUUUUGCUAGAGUGAAAAAGUGAACUUGUGGUUACCUGAGUUAUGCCUAACAGCUCUGGUCUGUGCAGAGGUGCAGAUGUACCCUGCAGCAGUGCACCAUGUACUCACUUUAAGGUAAUUGAACUCAUGGAUCAAUGAAGUAAGUCUAGUGGGCCUGGUCAGUUGUGGCCAUUUAAUGUAUUACCAUUCUACCAUAUGCUGUUAGCAGCUGAAUGUAACCAAUAAUGUUAAAGGUAUUUUACCUAUGAAAUUAAUUCCUUGGAACUGUAAUCUGAUUGAUAUUGUAUAAAAGAGCACUGCACCAGUUCCUCUUUGUGGCAUUUACUAACUGCCAGCUUGGUGCACAUGUUUCUGUGAGUGUUAUCUCUUGCAUACAAGACUUAGAAAAAUAAAAGAAGAUUGGUUUUCACCUC